UGGUGCAGCAGUUAAACGCUUCCGGGUAACUUCUGCGCAACAGUAAACAAUAACAUGAGAAUACAACUGAAGUUGUGUAACAUCUUCUAACAAACAGAACCACUGUGGCUGUCAUUUGGACACAACGUCUCCUCUGGUUGCCCGUUUAAUCUGGAAAACAUUUACCCUCCACAGCCAUGCUGUUCCUCCGGACUGCAGCUCUGAGCUCCAAAGCUCUGACCGCUCUGCGCUGCCUGCCCGUCGGCUACACAGCCUCCAGGAGCACCGCUACAUACGUCCAGGGCCAGAGUCCCGAACCACGCAUCAGAGAAUACUUCUACUAUAUCGACCAUCAAGGACAGCUUUUCCUCGAUGACACUAAAGUGAAAAAUUUUGUCACCUGCUUUAAAGAUAAACAGUUCCUGGUCUUCUUCUUCAGUCGGCUGCGUUUCAAUCAGAGUGGCCGUUAUGAGGAGGACUUCCCCUUCCUAUCUCUGUGCGGCAGGGAGAGGAACUUCCUACGCUGUGAUGAUCGACCUGUGGUCUUCACUCACCUGCUGCAGAAUCCUGCCAGGCCGCAGGGCAUCAUGGGAGAGCAGGAGCUGCUGUCGUACUGCGGCGGUGCGGAGAAGCUCUCCGUCCCGUUCCGCCCAGAGACUCUGUUCAUGCAUCCUGUCAGCGGACGAGUUUAUCACCCCUGCUCAGAGCGCUCAGGAGGGGUUGGCCUGGUCAGGUCGGCUUUGGCCAUCGAGCUCAGCCCGUUCUUUGUUUACGAGCAUGAAAGUGGCCAAUCAGGACAGCCUACACACUUUCUUUGGAGAGGACAGAGGCACACACUGACCAAUGAGCUUGCAGGAUGCCUCCCUACAGCAGAGGAGGGCAGUGGGCAGCAUGGAGAACUAGGAUAAUGUCAGAUCAGAUCACUGUUGUAUGUUAUUCUGUAAUAUGCCCACAAUACACUAUCAGGUUCCUGUUCUGAUAAUUGGACAAGACUGUGUUAAGGCCUCACAGCUGUGAUCAUAGUCUGAUCAGUAGUGAUUCAAGCCUCGACCAGUCCUGCAUAAUGUGACGUGUGAGAAAUGAACCGUGAAAUUCACUAAUGAAUCACUGCUCCAGUCUUUAUUUGGCUUGAACUACACAAAGCAAUAUCUGAUUUUGUCUUCUUGCUUUAGGUGCAGCUCAGCCAAAGAGUGAUUUUGUCCUCAGAGACUGUUUCAUUGGAUUCACCUAAAUGGUCCUGAAGAGGUAAAAUUAUCCAGAAUAUCAAAAGAAAGCAUCAAGGAAGAAUCUAUAAGAUUUACAUAAUUUUGCGUGGCAUAAAUAAUUUCAGGUGAUCCUGCUGUUCAUCUCAUAGCAUGUUAGAUUUACAAUGUGCAAAUGUUUGAGUGUGGCUUCUCUCAGAUUCUUUCCGUUUUGCACUGAGCUCAGACUCUUUGCUUCUGUGUUGUCAUUUAAAGAUUAACGAAAGGAAGUCUUUCAAACUUGGCGGGAAUGUCGGCUAUUGUAUCAAAUCAAGAGGAGCGAGUUGUUUAUUUAAAACAUUUGGCACAAAUGGAUAUAUAAAUACUUAAUAUAAUACUAUAUCCUGUGUUUAAUUAACAAAACAACUACAGUAUCUUGAUUGCCAGAUUACAUAUGAGUUGCAGCAAACUGAUUAGAUACACAGGCUCUGAGAACUGGUAUGCUUGCAUUGAUAGAAAAUACAUAUUCUAACUGUCUUUAUUGAUAAAUGGUCCAUACCAUAAUGGACACUGGCUACUGAAGUGUGUUUUGGUAAUAAUUUGGAAUAAGAUAUUGCCUUGAAUAUAAUAAGAUCUACUUCAAAAUUAAAUCCCUUGAUAUUUUU